GACAGUUUAGUAACCCAGUCUGAUCGCUCACCGUCUGGCUCCAACCGGGACUUUAAAAAGAAGAACCACCGCAGCUUCCCUUCGCUAAAACAUCAACACUGAUUUAAAAUGAAAGCAAUAAGCCCCGUGCGGUCCUUCCGGAAGAGCAGCGCGAACCUAUCGGAGCACUCCCUGGGAAUCUCCCGGAGCAAGACCCCGGUGGACGACCCGCUCAGCCUCCUGUACAACAUGAACGACUGCUACUCCAAGCUGAAGGAGCUGGUGCCCAGCAUCCCGCAGAACAAGAACGUCAGCAAGAUGGAAAUCCUGCAGCAUGUCAUCGACUACAUCCUGGACCUGCAGAUCGCGCUGGACUCUAGCGUCGCACUCACCAGCCUGCAUCACCCCGCGCGGCCGGGGCAGGCUCCGAGCAGGACCCCGCUGACCACCCUCAACACAGACAUCAGCAUCCUGUCGUUACAGUCGCCGGAGUUGCCGUCAGAGCUGAUGACAGAUGACAGCCGGACUCUGCAUCGUUAAAGCGGUGUUUGGUCAGGACGCAAAAAAACACACACACUCUCUCUCUCUCUCUCUUUCUCUGUCUCUCAUACACACACGCACGCGCGCAGGACCUGGGGAGCAGGACUUUACUCCCCCAUUCCUCCCCCAACUCUCCACCAACCUCUGUCCUCCUCCAGGCCUGGACUCAUGUUAUUUUUUCUCUCUCUCUUCUGACGCUGAAACCCAGAGACUUUUUUUUGUUGCUUAUAAUGGGACAAUCUUAUGUGAUGUGUUUUUCUGUUUUAUUUUUAUUUUUUGGACACUUUCAUUGUUAUUUAACUUAAGAUCUUUUUUUUAUUAUUAUUUGUGGGUCCUUUCUGGAAAAUGGAAGGCGCGUUAUAUUCCCGUAAAUGGGAGGAAAAACGAGAUUAUUGUCCCAAGGAUUAUUUCCCCUCUCCUCCUCUCCCCUCUCCCUCACCCCCUUGUCCUCCCCUCUCCUUGUUGAAGUCUUCGCUUUUUUUGCGGAGGUGGGAACGUGAAUAGAAGAAAAAAAAACUUGGGUUAGUUACUGUAAAAAGUUUAGUCUUGUCUUGUCCGAUUUGUUGGCACACGAAGGACUGGACGCUGUUUAAAAAGAAAAAAGUCAAAAUGAAAAGAAUGAAACCUUUGUCAACCCUCAUCGGGGGGUUUAUCUUGUAUAGUUGCAGGAAUUUGACACUUCUGCAAAAGUGUAAUGUUGUACUUAAUUAUGCUGAGACUUUUUAUAAAAGUAAUGUAAAUUGUACCUUUUUUUUAUACAAAAAUAAAUCGAAAAAACGACAA